GAGUGGCUCAAGAAGAGCGGAUGUCGAGCAGGUGUUGAUUUUUCUUUGUUUGUAAAUCGUCGGAGCGUCGGUUUAUGCAUUAAAUCGGGUACUUGUAUGCGCUAGAAUAUCGUCACUAAAAUGCUCCGGAAUUUAAUCGUCGAUUCCAAUUCGUAUUUGUCGUUUUGCAAUAAGAAACCGGCGAAAUGUUUACCUAACAAUUUCUUUGUUUUACGCGUUUAAAGUACCAAUAAAGUGCAAUUUUUCCUCACGCAUGACGACAAAAGCAUGACAUGCAGACGAAAAACAUCAAUUCCGAACAAACGAAUAACAGCAACAACAACAACAACAAUAAAAACAACAUUAAACCAACCAAUGAAUCCGAACUCAACAACAAGGAAACAAACGAGGUCUACGCACUGAAACGUCACUUUGACGUUCCUCCACUGCCGCCUAGGAUCGUCGUUACUUUCAAACAAAACGCCGAGGUGGAUGGGUACUCGCCUUACAAGCCGGUACCGCCUCCUAAGCCGCUCGUCCAUCAGCAGGACGUCCAGCAUCAGCGACGGCAGACGCAUCAAGGCGGCGGGGCGGACGAGACGCCGCCUCCCUACAGGAUGCCGCCCUAUCCGCUCUACAACGAGCCCAACAUUCCCGGGGCCGCCGCCAUUUUGGAUCCCCCGGUCGCCGCCUCCAGUCCGGUCAAUGCGCACGGGUUGCAUACGCACUCUAGCAAGUUUCCCAUAGAGCGAGAAGUGAUUUUGUCCAGUACUGAUAAAAACUCGAAAAUUCCCAUCCUGCACGAAUACAAAAAGAGAAGCAAAGUCGCAGUAGCUCCUGACGUACCGCCCAAACAGGUCGCCGCCUGGACGCAAAACCACGUCCAAAACCACCAAAUCCUGCCCGAUCAGACUCACUCCGGCCUGAUCCAAACCAUCCAGCAAACGACGGAACCGCCCAACGGCUCGCCGUACCGCCUCAACUACCACCACCCCGGCGUGCAGGAGUACUACAACGUCCAAGGCGGCGGCGCCGGGACGGGCGCCGUACCCCGCACGACGCCCUGCAAGCCCAACGAGGACGCCGCCCAACAGCCACCGGACCACUCCAUCAAGGACCAGGUCCAGGCCAAGGACCAGAAAUCGACCAAAGCCAUGACCAAAACCUACAACGCCAUCAAGGGCAUGAUAUCGGACAGAUUCAAGCAGUCCAAAGACGUCAACGAGGAGAAGUACAAUCGACAGAUGGCCCAAGCCAGGUCGCAGGAGAUGCUCGAUCAAAUCCACCAUCAGCCCAUCGACCAACACGCCUACUAUCAAAGGAAACAGCUACAGGACAAUCAUCAGCUUCGAGAAGCUACCGCCAGUUACGCCCAAAUGCACCAAAGUAUACCGACUUCUCCGGAGAAACGAAGCGCCCAGCAGCUGGAGCGCGACAAUCUGCGCCAGAGGAGCUUCGAGGCGCGACGGGCCGCCUCCCAGCCGCAGCUGAGCCCCGCCUACGAGGACCAGCCGCCCGCGGCUAACAGAAAACCGCAGCCGCAGAUCCCGCCGCCGAUCAGGCGCGGCUCCCACGGCAACAUCGCGGACAGCGACGACGGCGGCUUCCUGCGCCGCAAGGACGAUCCGGGCCGCCUCCAGGGCGCCCCCAGGAAGCGCCUCGAAGGCGAAAUCGGCCGCAUCGAAGGGGUCUACCAAGUAGCCCAGAAGCUCGACGACGACGCCGCCAAGAGGAGCAACGGCUCCGACUACGACAAGACCGCCGGCGAGUUGACCUCUAACAUCGAUUCCGGCAGGGGCAGCGCCGCCUACAGCAGCAACGGUCGCCGCCCCCAGCACCAGGACCAGUUCCAGCGGCAGGAGCGCGACCAAAACGACUCCGAAUGGGUGGAUAUCGUCGAGAACGAGCUCAGGAACAUACUGGAACCGAAGUUGCAGGAGUUGCACGUGCAGGAGAAGACCCGGUCGAUCGUCAGCGAGAGCGCCUCGUCGAUGACGCCGCCGCUGCCGCCUCUUUCGCCCGGCGACGGGCCGUCCUCCGACGAGGCUACGCCGAGGAAUUCAGCCAGAUACAAGCACAACAGCUUGCCUUGCGGAAGUCGACCUGAGUACGAAAGUUACAAGAUCAAAAACCACAUAAGGAACACCAUGGUGGAUUCGAGAUGGAACAAUACACCGCAGAAGCAUCGAUCGCAGAAGAAAAUCGACAACUCGGCCAUACUCAGAGGAAAACAAACAUUCGGACUGGACAUGGCCGAUUUGACGUCCUGCACCACCACCCGUUCCAUGGACCUCGAAUCCAUCCUGGACACCCGCAGCAGGCUCACCGACUCCGACGAGGACCUCAGCACCACCGACGCCCGCGCCAUCCGCAAGCAGCUCGAAGGCCUCGAAACCAUGUACUCGGAGGUCCUCAAACUGCUCGGCGUCAAGAAACACCCCAUCAGGUACCAGCCGAGCGACCCGCGCUUCACCAAGCAGCGUUGCCGCUACGGCAGCGCCUCCUCGCUGCCGUCGAGCUCGGUGAGCAGCAGGAUGCGCGACAGGAAGCGCCCGGCGGAGCAGGAGCGCAGGAAGGUGCGCGACGUGCGGGGCGUGAACAGGCGCUUCCAGCGGCUGGAGUCGCACGUGGUGACGCUGGCGCGAUCGGUGGCCCAUCUGUCGUCGGAGAUGCGCACGCAGCACCUGGUGGUGCAGGAGAUGGAGAGCAUCAGGGGCGAGAUGGCGGCGUUGCGGGCGCAGACGAACAUGCUGAACGUGAGGGCGCAGGCGCAGGCGCAUCGGGGAGGGGGUGGAGGGGGAUUCGGGGGAGGGGAGUUGCCGGUGUUGGCGAAUCCGAGCAGGGUGAGGAAGUUGACCAAGUUUUUUGGGGAUGAGCCGCCGUUGUUGAGGUUGUUUUUGAGGAAAUUGGGGUAUGAGAAAUACGCGAACAUAUUCGAAAACGAGAAAAUAGGAAUGGUGGAGUUGCCUUAUUUGAGCGAAGAGCGCCUCCUGAAGAUGGGCCUGCCUUUGGGACCGAGACUCAGGAUAAUGCAGGAAGCUCAGAUAUCGGUUUGUAAGGACAAUACGUUGUGUAUAGUUUGAUUAAAAAAAGCUAUACUUUAUUUAGAAAAUGAAGCUUUCGACUGAUAUUUCGCGUAAAAUCAUUUUAUUAUAGAGAUUCUCUAUUUAUUUUGAUAAAUAAACUAUAAGGAGAUUAAUUUGUUUCUGAUAUACGAAAAAAAAUGUGGGUUUUUUUUACUCGAUAAUGGCGGCUUUUUAUUUUGUAUUCGUUUAUUUAUAAAUUCGUUUAUUUUAUAUAUUUAAUGGUAAGAAAUUUAGGAUUUAGAGUAAAACGAGAAGAAUGAAAUCUCGUACUUCAAUUAAGUACCUACUCGCUCAUUUAUUCCGUACUUGAUUGAUACAUUAUAAAAGUUCUACAAUACCAAAGAUAUUUCAAUUGUAUAUCAAACAACAAUUCGAAAUAUAUUUGUAUCCCGUACUCUAUACAUUUAUAAUAAUUUGUAAUAAUAAUAAUAA